AUGGCGGGUUGGGAUCCUUCUCUCUGGGAUCGCACCGAUCCCAACUACAAAAAUACUGCCCGAAGAAAUGAUGACUGGGAUAACAUUUCAAACGAAUUCGGUGUCGAAGUUUAUAAGCUGAAAGAUAAAUGGACGUCUUUACAAUCGACGUACAGAAAAACUCGGUCAUCAUACAAGCAAAGUUGGUGACUGGUUCCGGAUCUGACGAAGUUACCCAGCUCAACAUGGUGUGCGUACCAUGCCAUGGAAUUUUUAAACGCAGCCUCGGAAUGUGGCAAAACGAUUGACACAAUUCAACAUCAUGAAAAUGUGGAAUGCAUCGAAAUCGAGGUAUUGGAGGAAAGUUCGAUGCCACAUACGGGUUGUCCAACACCGCCUCCAGGACCAUCACGUUCCUCGACUCCACUAUCUCAAGGACCAUCACGUACGUCGACUCCACCACCUCCAGGAUCAUCUCGUACGUCUACUCCACCACCUCCCAGAACUCCACCGAACCAGACCAUCGCAAAAAGAAAAAGACGAUGGCAAGAGGCUACCAUAAGCUAUAAUGAAGAAGUAAUGGACACUUUACGAACAGUAGGAUCUGCCACAAUUGAGCUAAUCAACCAUCUUACACUGAAGGCUGGGCCACCGAACCAACCAAUCGCGAUAGAGACAAAGCUCGGGUGGAUCGUGUUCGGGAAAGAAGGAGAGGAGAUGUCAAGUUCACGCGCGGCUCCUGAACAACUGAUGAUAAUUAAGGAGGUAGAGGACGCAAUGAUAAAUAAGUACACCUCAACGGCGGACCUAGUUGUGAAGGAGGCAGUAGAAAAAAUCACAGCCGAAGAGAAGGAGAAUCCGGCAGCAACAAAGAUUUCGGACAAUGAAAGCUUGUCAAUCGGUGGACCUUCUUUCCUGACAAGCGAUGAAGCGGACUGGCCCAAGAAGAGAACGGAUCUCAUCACCGAGGAAGAGAUCGUAAACUGCCAUUCCGAACAGGAUGUGCUUAUAGACGUCGAUCGUUAUUCAGACUGGAUGCGACUGGUACGUCACCUGAUAUUCUUGCGGAAGUUUACUGAAUAUCUUAAAAAUAAGGCCGCAUUCAAAUCCACCGUCAAGAUGUCGGACGUAGAAGCCGUGAAGAACUAUCUCUUCAAAAGGGCUCAACGUGAGGGCUUCCCGGAUGAAAUGGAGCGAUUAGAAGAGAAUGAAGCAAUAAAGCCGAAGAGCGCAAUCAAAACGUUAACACCGUACCUGGACGAAAACGGUGUUAUGCGUUGCAAUAGCAGAUUAAAAAAUGUGGAGUGCUUGCCGUCAUCUGCCAGGAUGCUGAUAAUCCUGCCACAAAAGAACCGCAUCACCAAGCUAAUCGUCCGGGACUGCGAUAAGAGAAGUGCUUGCAUCAAGCCGACAACGUGGUUGUGA